GUUUCCUACUGAGUAAUCAGGACCAGGGGAGAGUAUUUAAGAUACUCCAAAGGGAGUGUGAGAUAAACUCUCUCAUCACAAUUUAAGGAACCUGGUUACUUAUUUACAGUUGAGAUAAGAUAGGCAAAUAACUCAAGAAGUUCUGUGAAAAGUACAACAAACGUUUAGUUACGAUUAAAAGUUUAAAAAGUCCUUUCUAGUCCGCUGUUAAGCCUUGUUGCUGUGCACAUCUGAACCUUUGAUUUCCUCCACAUUUCUAGCACCCCAGAGAACAAAACUGCGGCAUCACCCGGGCAGGCCCCUCCUGGUCCUGCUCAUUCACAAAGAAUUUCCCCUUUGAGCCACGAAGACAUUGGCUGGUUAUUCACAACACAGAUUCCUGGGGAUUGGCUGAGACUGCAAAUAAAAUACUGUUUACCCGGAAUCAAGUUGAUAAGCUACAGCAUAAAUGUACACAGAUUCCUGCUCCUAGAAUAUAACAUGAAGCAUUCGCUCUCUUUUCUCCUAACGUUUUCAUGCAAGACCCAGAAAGGACACGUCUCUAGCCAAAAGAGACGGUUUUUAAGUAUAAAAAGAGAAAGAAGCAGCAGCCUAAAAUGGGUCUACGGAGUUCUAAAAACCCCAAAGCCAACCAAGCUCGGAUUCUUCUCCUGGGACUCGACUCUGCUGGGAAGUCUACUCUUCUAUAUAAAUUAAAGCUUGCUGGGCCCAUUAUAACCAUCCCGACCAUCGGCUUCAACGUGGAGAUGAUCGAGCUGGAAAGGGAUCUUCCGCUCACAGUCUGGGAUGUUGGAGGACAGGAAAAAAUGAGAACCGUUUGGGGCUGUUACUGCGAGAACACCGAUGGGCUGGUGUACGUCGUGGACAGCUCGGACCGACAGCGACUGGAGGACUCUCAGAGAGAGUUUGAGCGCAUUUUGAAGAAUGAGCACAUUAAAAAUGUGCCUGUCGUUCUAUUAGCCAACAAACAAGACGUGCCUGGGGCCCUGACCGCUGAGGACAUCACCAGAAUGUUCAAAGUUAAGAAGCUUUGCAGCGACCGGAACUGGUACGUGCAGCCCUGCUGCGCGGUCACAGGCGAAGGGCUGGCCGAGGGGUUCAGGCAGUUAACCAGAUUCGUGAGGAGCCACAUGAAAUCAAGAGGCGACACGUUAGCGUUUUUCAAGCAACUGAAACUGUGAAAAGGGUCAGUCCUCAAGAGAGACAGUGAUGAAAUUAAAAGGGUAAAAAAAAAAUGUUUUAUUUUCCUUUUCCAUGCUGAGUGAGAAAAGCAAGCUAUUGAGUUGGCAAACUUCCCCAGAGAUUAUGUUUCACCUAAAUUCAGUUAAAUGGCUCAGAAUAAUAUCUAGAAAGUAUUUUUUGUUGGCCAGGAACUUCAGCUAACUAUGUGGUAACGAUCAUUCGAGAAUGAAAAGCAAUGUUCUGCAAAAUGUUAACAUGUUGGAUGGUUCAGAAUGGUCAUAUUAGGGUCCAAAUAAGUUAUGGAAUUAUUAAUUUUAACUGACCAUCAGAACAAAGUUUAGCUUAAUGUCUGCUAAGAGAGUCAGAAUUUGUUCAGAUUGUUGCUAGCAGGAUUGAAUUUCCGGUAUUGAAUUUCCACCAUGACCUCAUGUAACUGGGUGAUGUGAAAAAUCAACUUUAAUUAUGGAGAGGAAAAAGUCUGAUGUUAUUUUGUAAUUCUUAUUACCUAAAUAAAGCUUUUCUCUGGUUCUU